CAACCACAACCACUGCAGUCCCCACUACAACCACAACCGCUAUAUCCUCUACUACAACCACAACCACUGCAGCCCCAACUGCAACCACUACAGCCCCAACUACAACCAAAACCACUGCAGCCCCUACUACAACCACUGCAGCCACAACUACGACCACAGCCACAGCUGCCCCCACUACAACCUCAACCAGUGCAGCCCCUACUACAACCACUCAAACUACUUCUGAUCCCAAUGGUCCUAAAUUCAUACAACUUUCAUUCAGAAUUGCAAUGGAUUUCAAAGAAACCCUGAGAGAUGUGAAGUCACAGGAUUUCAAAAACUUAAGUGAUAAAGUUAGCAGAGAUCUACAUAAAGUUUACAUAGGGCGGUAUCCUGAUUUCCUCAGAGCACUGGUUAGAAGUUUCAGUCCGGGAUCAGUCAUCCCAGAAGUAGAUCUGGAAUUCAAAGCCAAUUCCACGACCCCAAGCAAUACCGACAUCGUCAGAACUCUCUACACAGCAGUGACUGGAUCAGGAAAUCUGGGAGACCUAGUAUUGGACAAAACAAGCAUUACAUCGAACACUGCUAGUGUGAAUACACUGCCUCCACUCAGGAUUGUUACAGAAUUCCUCCUUAUAGACGGCUUUACACCAGGACUGUCCAGUAGCAUAUCUGCAGAAUCAAUUCAACUUAAUGAUAAAAUCAAUAAUUGGUUGAAACCUAUCCUUGAAACAUAUUAUGGUCAAACAAUGGUGAAUUCAGCCUUUGCAAACUUUAGCAACUCUGAUAAUUGGAUCCAGACCAAGGUGGAAUAUCAAUUCAGCACGCCCAUAAUUGUGAACCCAACCAAGAUCAUUGAUGGUAUCCUUGCAAGCACAAGUCCUGUACGCUAUGUGAGAGGCACCCUGAAAGUCAAUGAAAAUCAAGCACAAUUUCAGAUGUUCCCGUUUAGUUUGAGAAUACUGAACAAAGACUUCUCUGAUGGCCUAUCUAACAGAGGCUCCACAGAGUUUAAAGAGCUCAGCACACAAGUCACAACCUCGAUAAAGAAGCUUUUUGGAAAUGAGAAAGGAUUUUCAGAAGUCUAUGUAACGAAACUCACGAAAGGCUCGGUUGUUGCCAGUACAGAGGUGACCUUCUCCCCAGGAUCCACCUCACCAAGCAGGGUGUCUCAGAUCCUACUUAAUGGGAUCCCCUCUCUGGAAACAGAAGGCUUGAAAAUAGACCCCUCUUCUAUUAACCCGCCAGUGCCAUCCACUCCCAGACCCUUCCCUGGGUUUGCUGUUGCCAUCAUUGUACUGUGUGGCCUGGCCAUCCUCAUUAUCCCAAUACUCAUUAUUGUGGCCUUGAAGACAGGGCUGUUCAAGAAGCUAGCACAAGCUUUCUCUCUGAGGUCACCAGAUUAUUAUGACUUUUAAACUGCUCACUCUUUUGGGGCAAUUCAUGUAUAUGCAGUAUCAGAAAAAUGGGACCAGGAAGCAAAAUGUUAAUGGAAACUGAAAGCAACUGAAUUUCUCAUUUUUUACAAUAAUAUACACAGUAAUUAUUUGUUUGUAAUAUAUAUAUAUAU